AUGGCGCGACUUGCAGAACUCCGAACAGGUGAAGCUCCGAUGGAAUUCGAAUGGACAGCAAAACCAGCAGUAGAUCCGAGUUCGCCCUUCGCUCAAGUGAGCCAGCACCUGGGCGGCCAGAAACGUCCACAUAGCUCAUUUGAGUCUCCGAACAAGAACAACUCUUAUGCUCUUCGUCCUCCGAAUUCCAAGCCAUUCCUCUUCUCCCAACAGGAGCAACAACAACAAUCACAAUCCCGGCCUUCGUCCCUUCCCAAGUUCGGACAACCUGCUUUUAUGACCCCUCGCAAGAUUGAUGUCGAUUUCUCAUCCGGUGCUGAGAACUUCUCGUCGCCAGAGAACGCAGAUAAUGAAGAUACCCCGGAACAACCCGCAAGAACGGAGCGGAGGAAUUCAAUAUUCAAUCCAUUCGGGCGACAUGGUCAUUCUAGCCCUGGUCGAGGCGAGAUUACCCGCGUGCCACAUUUUGCGAGUGGAGCGGUGCAUAAAGUUCAAAAGAGACGGCUACAAAGAGAUAAAGUGCGAGACAAGGAGCUGAUUCGAAGGGUGAAGGUGGAGAGUGAUGAUGAGAGCGAUGGGUCAAGCAACAGCCAGAAGAGGGGGGGCAAAUUAUUAAAACGAGAUAAUGAGCAUGGAUCAGAAGUCGUUCCCUCGCGGAUGUCGUCUUUCCGUGAAUUCUUCGCUUUAUUGGAGGCGCACCCAAAUGUUCCCAGCAUCUUAUCGUGGUGGGCCCAGCUACUGGUUAACCUAUCGCUAUUCUCCCUCGCCGUGUGGAUCGUAUUCACAUUUGUCUCAGCCAUUCGCGCUGAAUUCGAGCACGCUGCUGAAGAGGUUUCGGAUGGUAUUCUGGCAGACAUGGCGAAAUGCGCCAAAGACUACGUGGAUAACAAGUGUGGUGGUGGGGACCGAUUACCAGCACUGGAGACUGUUUGCGAGAAUUGGGAGCGCUGUAUGAAUCGUGACCCGGCUAAAGUUGGGCGCGCCAAGGUCUCUGCGCACACGAUGGCCGUUAUAAUCAACAACUUUAUUGAUCCGAUCAGCUGGAAGGCAGUGUUAAUCUUCCUCGCCACCAUUUCUACCGUGACCGUUGUAAGCAACUGGUCAUUCCGCUCUUUCAGAAACAAACACAAUCAACAAGAUUACUCCCACCACCCGAACAACUACCCCGGCCAACCACAAGGGCAUAAUCCAUUCAUGCACGGGCAACCACUCCCGUUGCAACACAAUCCUGGCUUCAGUUACUACGGACAACAACAGCCUGACCUGCGCCAGGAAAGGAGCGACAAAUUUUCCCAGAAACAAGAUGCUCCACUGAUGUUGGAAAACGCAAGAGCGAUGGAUUAUGUCCGUGAGCGCAGCCGAGAUCCAGAUGCGACUCUCCGGUCGCCGAGCCCAUCAAAGUCAAAACGCCGAUUCGCAUAG